GCGCAGCGCAAUCUUUUGAUCCCCCCUCCCCCAUCCACCAUCCAUUCACACUCAAGUUAAGCUCAAGUACAUAAUCGACAAUACUUUAUACUAUCCACAAUCCACAAUCCACAAUCCAGCAAUCCAGCAAUCUCACCCCAAACCCCAAACUCCAAACAUCACCAAAGAUGUCCACCGAACUAGAAUUUCCCUGUACACUAACCCUCGACAUCCCCCUCCCAACCGCGCGCCUCGCCUCCGCAGCCCUCUCCGCCCUCUCCGUCGACACCGAGCUCUCGCCCCUCGUCCGCCGCACCUUCUCUCUCAUCGCCCCCUCCCCCUCCACCCCCAAAUCCAUCCUCCGCACCUCCUACCGCGCAACCACCAACCGCAUGUUGCGGGUCGCAGUCAACGGUUUCAUGGAGAGCGUAUCCGUAGUCCUAGGCGUCAUGGAAGAACUCGACGUCGACGUUCUCGAGAGUGGGGAGUCGAAGAUACGAGGGGAUUCCUGAUGGGCGGUGCGAUACACGAAAGAAUACAAAAUUCGCAUACACAGAUAGAGAGCGCAAAAUUCUUCCCUAGACGAUUGUCAAGGGAGACAAGAUGUAGAGUGCUAGAGGAAGGAAGGAAGGAAGGAAGUCAAAGAAUCGAGAAUCGAGAAUCGAGAAGGGGGAAAAAAAAUCGACAUAUCAUCCAGUAUUGCGAAAAUCGCACAUCGCAUCAUAUCAAGCGCCGAAUGCACAUACAUCCAACAUCCACACAUCAAUCUAUUUCACAACGGGACAGAGCCGAUACAACUAUUGUGACGAUGAAUUUUGGUCAUGAGUCUACAUUCGAAACUAUCGGGAUCGUAUAUCAUGCGGAUCUUAAGUUAAUACAUACGUCUGUCUAUACAUACAUGCUUGAGAGAUAUCGAAGCAGGUGCUGCUACCACUCCCAUGUCAUACAUACAUAGCAAAAUAGACAUUCAAACAAGUUAUCCACA